CUUUAAAAACAUACACACACACACACAAACACACACACACACACACACAAAAACAACCCAGGAUUCUUCCCGGGCCUGAGAAGUAGAUGAUACCUAGAUACAUAGGACAAGAAAGAUGCUGGGCUUCCGGACUGACACCGACUCCCCAUGCCUGCCCGCAGCCGCCUUGUCAUGCUGCCCAAAGUGGAGACGGAAGCCCCAGGACUGGCCCGAUCACAUGGGGAACAGGGGCAGAUGCCGGAAAACAUGCAAGUGUCUCAAUUUAAAAUGGUGAAUUACUCCUAUGAUGAAGAUCUCGAAGAGCUAUGUCCUGUGUGUGGCGAUAAAGUAUCCGGGUACCAUUAUGGUCUCCUUACCUGUGAAAGCUGCAAGGGUUUUUUAAAGCGAACAGUCCAAAACAAUAAAAGGUACACAUGUAUAGAAAACCAGAACUGCCAAAUUGACAAAACACAGAGAAAACGUUGUCCUUACUGUCGGUUCCAAAAAUGUCUAAGUGUUGGAAUGAGGCUAGAAGCCGUAAGAGCGGACCGCAUGCGAGGAGGCAGAAAUAAGUUUGGGCCGAUGUGCAAGAGAGACAGGGCCCUAAAGCAGCAGCAGCAGAAAGCCCUCAUUCGAGCCAAUGGACUCAAGCUGGAAGCCACGACUCAGGUGAUACAAGUGAUGCCCUCGGACCUGACCAUCUCCUCUGCCAUUCAGAACAUCCCUUCUGCCUCCAAAGGCUUACCUCUGAACCAUGCUGCCUUGCCUCCCACAGACUAUGACAGGAGUCCCUUUGUCACCUCCCCCAUUAGCAUGACAAUGCCACCUCAUGGCAGCCUGCAAGGUUACCAACCACAUUGUCACUUUCCUAGCCGGGCCAUCAAGUCUGAGUACCCAGAUCCCUACACCAGCUCGCCUGAGUCGAUGAUGGGCUACUCCUACAUGGAUGGUUACCAGAUAAGCUCCCCAGCCAGCAUCCCGCACCUGAUACUGGAACUUUUCAAGUGUGAGCCAGAUGAGACUCAAAUUCAAGUGAAAAUCUCAGCUUACUUACAGCAGGAGCAGGCGAGCCGAGGCAAGCACGACAAGCUGAACACAUUUGGGCUCAUGUGCAAAAUGGCGGACCAGACCCUCUUCUCCAUUGUUGAGUGGGCCAGGAGCAGCGUCUUCUUCAGAGACCUGAAGGUUGAUGACCAAAUGAAGCUGCUUCAGAACUGCUGGAGUGAGCUUUUGAUCCUGGAUCACAUUUACUGGCAAGUGGCACAUGGGAAGGAAGGGUCCCUCUUGCUGAUUACUGGGCAACAAGUCGACUACUCCAGCAUAGCCUCACAAGCCGGAGUCACACUCACCAACCUCCUGAGUCAUUCGCAGGAGCUAAUCCUGAGACUUCGUUCUCUACAGUUUGAUCAUCGAGAGUUUGCAUGUCUGAAGUUCCUAGUGCUGUUCAGCUUAGAUGUCAAGAAUCUGGAGAACUUCCAGCUUGUGGAAAAUGUCCAGGAACAGGUGCACACUGCCUUGAUGGACUACAUGGUUUGCAACUACCCCCAGCAAACAGAGAAAUUCGGACAGCUGCUGCUUCAACUGCCGGAAAUCCCACUCAGCAUGCUGGCGGAAGAGUACCUCUACGUGAACGGGGACGUACCCUGCAAUAACCUUUUCAUCAAGGAGAUGCUGCACGCAAAGAGAGCCUGAGGAGUGGCCACCCCUUAGAAGCUUGCUCUAGGAACAGAGAGACUGGAGGGAGAAGAGGAGGAGGAAGACAACGUAAUACUCUGAACUGCUCCAAGCAAUGCUUAAUCAAACGUGGUUUAAAGACACUGAAUUUUAAAAAGCAUAAUAAUCAAAUACUUAAUAGCAAAUAAAUGGUAUGUCAGGGUAUUUGUACUGCAAACUGUGAAUCAAAGGCUUCACAUCUCCAAAGGAUUCAUAUGAAAGACAUUGUAAUGGGGUGGGUUGAACUCACAGAUGGAGUCCAAUACCACAUCAGAA